AUGUCUUUAAACACUUACUUUGUACCAGAAGAGCUUGAAGUUGAUCGUUAUUUCAAGAAAAAUCCAUUUCCUGAUUGGUCCUUCCCACAAUACUAUGAAUGGAAAAAAAGACUAAAUCCGUUUAAUGAGAAGUUCAACAAGAUGCAAAAGGAAUAUAACGAUAACUUGGAAAUCAUCAAGAAAAGUAGCUUGGUCCAUGAUGACGUCAAAUCCCAAAUUCAAGUCUUCAAAAAGUCUUCAAAGGGAAAGGCCAAAGAUAAGGAGAUCCACAAAAUUGUAAACAACAUAACGUACAAGGGCCAUGCUUCUCACUACAAGAAUAGCACGAUCAAUAAUAUCAUGGAAGUACCUAAGGACGAAAGCUCACGCUGUUCGAUUGUUGCUGAAAACAAAAGUGCUAUGGAAAGGGAAGGAAAGCGAACAUUUGAAUUUCAUGAAGAUAGUAAUGAAGUAGCCACAACAGAUUCAAGAAUGAACUCUUUGUAUCAUUAUCUGUAUAAACUGCACAAACAUGAAAAUAUCGAUUUGAAUACAAUUCCAACUCUACCGACGCCUACAACUAUUGAUCAAAAACUUUACAAUGAAUGCAUCCGGUUACUUAAGACGUACAAAGACUUAACUCCAGUAGAGAAGUCAAAGUUACAUGUUCUUUUGUCCAGUUAUAUCAAUACUGUAUCACCAGUACUGUCCUUUUCAAAAUACGCAAAUUCAAUAUGGGCCAAGUUGAAACAAGACUUACAAAAGGCAUAUGAGGCUGGCGGUAAAAAAGGUCUUCGAAAGUUUGUAGUUCGAGAGCGUCGUAGAAUAUAUGAGGAUGAAGUUCAAGAUAAAGAAGAGUUUAACUUGAUGAUCAUGGAUGUUUACGAUCUGAUACUCAAUAAUGUAACCUUCAAGGACUGGUACGAAGAACAUUUGCAUGAGGAGGACUUUGGGUGCUAUUGGAAGUCUGUAUUUGAUAUCAUAUUUCGAGGAACCAAUGUUUCGCUGAUAAGAGGAGAGGCGUGCUGUCUAGCGACGAAGUAUGAUCGUCAACUCAAUGAAUACGAAUACGGAGAUGUAUCGACUGGUGUAUAUGGUAGAAAAAUAGAUUUAAUUUUUAAGGGAUCCAUACUUGACGACAAGCGUAUAAAGAAGAAUAUCGAGCUGAGCUCUGUAGAAAUCAAGCCUGCCAGUGUGUCUGAAGAUGUCGAAGCCAUCCAACUGAACAAAAAUAUCAGAGUCAAUAAGAGUAUCUUGCAUAAUAUCGCUGCACAUAUGGGAGAGCUUAGUGAUGAUUGUUAUGUCCUGGGUAUAGAUAUUAUAGGUCUCUCUGCUUUUGUCUACUCUGUUUAUCAAUAUGAAGAUAUCAUAGCUGCAGUGAAGGUUGAAGAGGACAAUCUGUUUUUACCAGGGGAUUUCGAUGAUUUGGAGGAUUUAGUCUUCGGGAACACUUUAGACCAAUUGUUAAAUUUCAAGGUAAAGCAGUACAUCCAAUCCAUUAUUUCAAAAUAA